AUGUUAUUGGAUCUGUCAAUCCACAAAUUUCAUUUCCACUACCUAAUCAUAGACCGGAAAAAUCUAAAGACAAGAGAAUCUCUAAAGGAGAAACUGAAGGAAGUACCAAACACCUAUCUAAAGAAUAGGAGGCAAUAUGAGCCACCAGAUCUGACCAGUAACAAUAUCUUAAGAACAAUAUUGUCAAAUUCCCGAAACGCCAACAAAGAGCCCAUACUACUAAAUGAGAAAACCCUCAAACCACCCAACCCAAAAAGUAGCACGGAAGAAUUGUUAACACGAUAA